AUGUUGACAACCAAAGAAUCAGCUGAUCUAAACAUGGGCGAGUCAGUUCUUUGUUGUAACAAAAAGGAAGAUCAGAUGACCGGCAGCCCCGACCAUUCAUCGACACCCGCUACCUCCAAGCAGCCCCGACCAUUCAUCCACACCUGCUACCUCCGAGCAGCCCCGACCAUUCAUCGACACCCGCUACCUCCAAGCAGCCCCGACCAUUCAUUGACACCUGCUACCUCCGAGCAGCCCCGACCAUUCAUCGACACCCGCUACCUCCAAGCAGCCCCGACCAUUCAUCCACACCUGCUACCUCCGAGCAGCCCCGACCAUUCAUCGACACCCGCUACCUCCAAGCAGCCCCGACCAUUCAUCCACACCCGCUACCUACGAGCAGCCCCGACCAUUCAUCCACACCCGCUACCUCCGAGCAGUCCUGACCAUUCAUCAACCUUCACUACCUCCGAGCAGCCACGACCAUUCAUCGACACCCGCUACCUCCAAGCAGCCCUGACUAUUCAUCGACACCCGCUACCUCCAAGCAGCCCCGACCAUUCAUCGACACCCGCUACCUCUGAGCUGCCCCGACCAAUCAUUGACACCUGCUACCUCCGAUCAGCCCCGACCAUUCAUCCACACCCGCUACCUCCGAGCAGCCCUGACCAUUCAUCAACCCCCACUACCUCCGAGCAGCCACGACCAUUCAUCAACACCCGCUACCUCCGAGCAGCCCCGACCAUUCAUCCACACCCGCUACCUCCGAGCAGCCCUGACCAUUCAUCAACACCCACUACCUCCGAGCAGCCACGACCAUUCAUCGACACCCACUACCUCCGAGCAGCCCUGACUAUUCAUCGACACCCGCUACCUCCAAGCAGCCCCGACCAUUCAUCGAUACCCGCUACCUCUGAGCUGCCCCGACCAAUCAUUGACACCUGCUACCUCCAAUCAGCCCCGACCAUUCAUCCACACCCGCUACCUCCGAGCAUCCCUGACCAUUCAUCAACCCCCACUACCUCCGAGCAGCCACGACCAUUCAUCGACACCCGCUACCUCCGAGCAGCCCCGACCAUUCAUCCACACCCGCUACCUCCGAGCAGCCCUGACCAUUCAUCAACACCCACUACCUAUGAGCAGCCACGACCAUUCAUCGACACCCACUACCUCCGAGCAGCCCUGACUAUUCAUCGACACCCGCUACCUCCAAGCAGCCCCGACCAUUCAUCGACACCCGCUACCUCUGAGCUGCCCUGA